AUGUCUGCGGUAGCAGAGGGAGAAGCACUGGUUGAUGUCCAGUUAUUGACGAGGAUCGCCUCCAUUGAGACCAAGAUGAGGAGGGUAUGCGAUUUGAUACCUUUAUCGACUUGGGGCUUUAGCUCUGACGUGCAAGAGAAGUUACGACAGCGAAAGCAUCGCAUAGUGAAUCAGCAGCUUACACCUAAGGAAAAAAAGCAGUUAACCAAUAGCAGGAAACAGCAGGUAGCCCGAACCGUGGGUGGGGUUUGCAAACGUGUUUCUGAAGUGAUUGACCUUCUUGGAGCUAGCUCUACGAAGGACGUGCAACCGAAGAAGGCAGAUCUUCCUUCGCAGCCGAAAGGGAAAGUGAGCGAAAAUGGCAAUGGCGAACAAGCGAAAAAACCGAAGGAACUUGUGAAA